AUAAACAAGAUGGCGCACGAUCCGUAGACGCUACACGAGUUCUGCGUACCGGAUAUUUAAUCCGAUUAAUCGAUAGUGACAGGUUACAGUUUUCUAUACAAUAUAAAAUAUUCGAUACUUGGAAAAGAUUCGACGAUGCCGAGAUCAAGAACAAGUUUCAUUUGGGAUUAUUUCACCAAAAACGAAAAUGGUGAAGCACAGUGCGAUACCUGCAUGAAAACGAUAGCAGUCAACGGUGGAUCCACAUCAAAUCUGAUCAAGCAUCUGAAAUGCAAACACAAAGAGGUUUUGGAUCAAUCUGAAACGUCGAAAGAUGAGUACAUCUUGCUGCAAGGAGAAAACUACGAAGCCUCGUACAUACAAGCCGACAAUGCAAAGAUAGAAGAAGUGGACCAGCCCACCCACUACGAGAUCAUCCCCGCACCAAAACCGAAAAAACCAAAGUUUUCUCACGUGGAAAGCGACAUGAGAGUGGUAAAACCGGCGUGGGCAGAAACUGUGCGAACAGUGCCAAGCAGAGUGGCGGUACCAGAAGACAACUCUUUGGAAAUCUUCGCCAGGUAUAUGAUUUCGUUGAUGAAGGAUAUCCCGAAGAAGAAAUGCGAAGAUGUUCAACUGAAGAUAGUGUCUUUGAUUUUGGGAGCGAAGAGAGAGGACGAGACCACAGAAGACCAGUCAAGGUCUAUGGAAAAUGGUCAUAACUAA